AUGUUCAGUCCCGAUUCAGAUUACGAGAUGGAGGACGAAACAAUCCAAACGCAACUCCUUCGUUCCGUCGAACAAACUUUUGACCGAAUGGAGGCAGCGCGCGAGCUGGCAGACCACCAGGGGGCAAACCGAGGCGUCUAUGAGUGGUUAGACAGGGUAGAACCCCAGCCAGUAGAUUCUGGCCCACUUCCGCUGCUUCUGUGGGACGAUCAUCUUCCUCACUCCUGGGUUGCCCUGGCGCUCUUCAGUCUCCUCGUGUCUACGCUGGGCUUUGCUGUUGGCCGCUUCCUUUAG